ACUUUCCCCUCAAUUUCUGCACAAUCGUUCAGAAUGUCUAAGUUGUUUUAUAUCAUUUGUUCCCAUAACACUGGUGGGUUUAACUUGAUCGACACUCGGCUUGUGAGACGUAUAGCCCACGCAAAGCCUAAACCCACGCGAACACAGGCAUCAACUAAAAACGCACACAACCGAGAUUGUGCGCAAAAACUCAAGGCUGGACCAAACCGACGUCCCGCCCACAGAAGCCCGAUCUCUGCACCUGCCCCGCGCGCGCAGCAGCCACUCACUGCGCAAAGCACUUCCCACAACAACACGUACCUGCUGCCUCGUACCUGCUCCACAUUUAUUCAUGUCAGAAAGCACCACCGGCCACCACCAUGUGGACGAGGCGUGAGAGCAGAAAUUAAAGGACUUGCCUGAAGUCAGUUUUUGCGGUGACUGAGUUUCUUGCCCUCUGGAUAUGUCUGUACACCUAAUCUGCGGGAGUCAAGUCAUGUUUCACAUGCGCUCAGCAUGGAUCCACUACAAGUGACGCGCUCGCAUGGAUAUUAUUCGUCGUAACCUGUAGCUUUGGACGUCUGCUUCACCAUAUACAUCCAGAUCAAGUUUCUCUGACCGCUUCUGCUGGAUUGCCGGUUUGUGAUUGCAGCUAUGGGAGAGAUCGGGACGCUUUUACAGAGCCUGGAGGCUUUCGGACAGGUCGGAUCACAGUUCUUCCUACCGCCUCUAGGAGAAAACCUCGGGCUGCCGAAUGAUCGUUUAGUUCCAGCAGAGAGACUGUCACGGAGCACCUCCGCGGAUCUAACGCACUUGAAAGGGAUCCUGCGGAGAAGACAGUUGUACUGCAGGACCGGAUUUCACCUUGAAAUACUCCCGGAUGGCAGCGUGCAGGGCACGAGAAAGGACCACAGUCGAUUUGGUAUUUUGGAAUUCAUAAGCCUUGCAGUUGGAUUAAUAAGCAUCCGUGGAGUGGACAGUGGUCUCUACCUUGGGAUGAAUGACAAGGGAGAACUUUAUGGCUCUGAGAAACUCACAGCAGAAUGUGUCUUCCGCGAGCAGUUUGAGGAGAACUGGUACAACACAUACUCUUCUAAUCUCUACAAGCACGGGGAGAGAGGAGCGAGAUAUUUCGUGGCUCUCAACAAGGACGGCACGCCACGUGAUGGGACAAAAUCCAGGAGGCAUCAAAAGUUCACUCACUUUCUUCCGAGACCUGUGGACCCUGAAAAAGUUCCAGAACUUUACAAAGAAGUGCUCGGACACAGCUGAGACUAUCCCAAACGAGGGACGAGAAGGAUGCCUAGUUUCUGCUCUACAUGAGGUGGAGAUGCUAAAGUUCGGCCACGGAGUCCAAACCUGAGAAGUGCUCUGGAAAAUGCACGGGCCAGUACUGACGGUGAAGACCACAGUCUCGAAAGACUCCCUGCUUUUGGUGUCUUUGUUGCUGGUUGCAACUGACUAGUAGCAUAACGUGUCCAUGAAAACCAGAACUGAGGGUGUUGGAGGUUUUUAAACGUGGUGCUGCUUUGCUCUGGAAAUAUUCGAUAAGGGUUUAGAAGGACUUGAAGGAACAAUGAUGCUCAGAGAUGACAGAACUGGGACGAUGGAAAACGGGAGAUGCCAUCUCACAUGAUGUUAUUUAUACAGUUCUUGAUACACAUAUUUAUUGUAUGUAUUUAUUUAUUUGAAAAUAGAAAUAUAUAUUUUUACAUCUAAAAGUAGAUUUUGUUUUAUUAGACCAAACAGUAGAAGGUGCUUUGAAAUAGUGGCAAAGCUGUUCUUUUUAUAUUAUCACUGCUAUGAUAUUAUGGAGGUUAAGAAAGAUUGUGAUUUCCUAUUGCAAAUGUAUGAAGAAUGUCAUAAGACUCUGUGAUUUUAAUAGAUUUGUUUCAAGCACGAUUUCCCGGAAUGGCAUGCUGCACAGUAUAUUUUACAGGCCAUUAAAUCAAGUAUUAUCAUUAAAAAGCUUGUUUUGUUUGAUAUAAUUUCUUCUGAAAUUAUUAUUAUCUGGAAAACAUAAAAGGUCCAAUAGAGUUCUAACUUACAUGAUAACUAUAGAUAGUAAAUAAAUAAUGAAAACAAUAAUAAAGAUAUAAGGAAAGAAAGCAAAGAUUAAAUGUCAUCUUAUUAAUAGAAUAUUUCUUCUGUGGAUUUUUUGGCCAAUGCAAGUCAAAGCUGGUUUAUUACUAAUGUUCUGUAAAGUAUCUUCUUGAGUGUUUUGUAGAAGACAGAAGGUCACAGGUUUUUGGCUGAACUAUCUCUUUAAGAUGCUGUUUAGCUGAGAACCCGGGGUUGUCCUGCACUCAUCAGCAUCAAAGUUCUUUUGCGAGACCUUCUCAGGUAACAGCUGCACAAUGACUGAAUCUGAGCGAAAUAAAAACUGACCUUUUCUUUUGGGUCAAACCCAAAGUUAGAGUAAUCUCAGCUGAUGCUUAGUAAUGAUGCCUGCUAAAUACAUCAGGCAAAGUUAUAAAGAGAAACUGUAUCUGCUGUGCAGCCUGCAAGAGUAGUGAGAUUAAAAGAGCUCAAAUAGACUUUCAAAUAUUACUAUUUUAAUUCCUUCUAUAUAUAAGCCCCACUAGGCUUUCUGUUUUCUUUGAUAGAUGGUACCAGCAUUUUCACAUGAAACCAAGCAAGAAGCUCUGGGGAAGAUGAUAUGAGACUGAAACACCACGGGCUAAACCUUCCUGAAUGUUGUGUGACGGCUGAAUGAGACAUUUCCACAACGGUGACUAAAGAGGCACAUCUAUACACAGUUUCUAAACGGAUGAGAGGACAUUUUAUGUUGAAGCAUGAAGAUGUAGUCUGUGAUCUCAGUAACUCUGUGAUGGUGAGCCAGGCUCUGUCUUGAGAUGGGAGUGUACAUUUUACAGGAGUUACAAUGUGGGAUUUUCCCCAUCUUAUAACCGUGGAGUGAUUGUUAACAACAGACAUAUGAGGGUUGAGGAUAAGUGGGAAUAUAUGGGCUUCGCUCCAUUUUCAGAACUGAAAGACCAACAACUGCAAUAUUAAAAAAUCACAAGUGCUCUGAUUUAUAUUAUCGUAUACAAAAUUGAUUAAGUCUGUAAAAAAUGGUUUAAUAAAUAAAAAGGUCAA